AUGGUGAUGAAGAUGAUGAUGAUUCAUCCAACCAGCAGGAGGACGAGGCUGACUCCAGCUCAGAUGACUCUGCCUCUGAUGAAGGAAGAGGCCGAGAUCGCUGAGGCGUUGGCGCUACGUCGAAAAUCCAAGGCGCGAAAAAAGCUCCUGCAGAAGUUACGAAACAGAGGAAACUACAAACAUAAUCAGGAGGUUUUGAAGACUCAAUGCCGCAAGACUAAAAUCUUAACUAUGGUUGCUGCUUCAGUGUCUGCAGACCCUCAAGAAAUCCCAUCAGAGGUGAGGAAGCUGUUAAAAACCCUGAAGAAAGAUGAGGUUUCAUCUGUAGUUUGGAGUGAUUCUUAUAUUCUGCAGCUGGCACAGUGUUUGUGCCUCAUGAAUGAAAAGAAAGAAAGAGCCGAAGACAUCAAACAGAGGCUGAGGCUAAUGGGAAGACUCCUAAUAACAUUAAGAAAAAAGUCGAUAAGGAGCUUUGAAGAUGCUAUCAAAACUGAAAACUUCAGCAAAGUUGUUGAAGCUGUCCGAGAGCUCGCUGGUUUCAAUGAGGAGACGAAGUCAUGUGACAGGCCGAGUGUUGUGGUGAGAUUGGGAAAUUCGCUCAAGAAAAUGAGUGACAUUAGAUACGCCAGGGCUUUGAAGGAGGAAGCCGAUAAAGAGACGAUACAAGAUGCAGAGACUUUUAUGAAGUUGUGUGCAGAAGAAUGGAGCCACACCCCCUCAACAUUAUCAAAAAUAAACAGCCCGCCGACCGUACCGUUCACACAGGACGUGCAGCUCUUCUACCAGUGCAUGGAGAAGACAGCAACAUCUGCAGUCAAAAGCCUGACCAUGUAUGAGAGCGCUCCAGUCUAUAAUGCACUUCUCAGAGUGACAGUUGCACAGGUAUUAAUCUUAAACAGAAAUGUGUUUGAAGUUUCAAAAGUCACCCUCCAGUCAUUCCAGGACAGGGAGGAGACUGAGCUUCAUGGAGACGCUGCUGUUUGUCAGUCACAGUUUGAGCAAAUUCUGUCCAAGCGCAAUGUGAAGAUCAAUGUUAUGACUAAGAGUGGCAGAAAAAAUGUUGAGAAAAAAGUUGCUGUUAUGUUGACACCCGAGCUGCUCAGCGCAAUAACGCUGCUUGUGACCAAGAGAGAGGCAUGUGGCGUGCAUGAACGUAAUCCCUUUUUAUUUGCAAGACCUGUGGCCAUAUGUACAAGCUUCUACCAGGGACAAACGUGCAUCAGCACCUUUGCAGCUCGGUGUGGAGCAAAGAAACCAGAGAACCUCAGGUCUAUUUUUUUUCGAAAGCACAUCGCAAGAAUUUUCCAGAUUCUCAGCUUCACAAAUGACGAGCUGGAUCAGUUAGCCAGAGUGCUGGGCUGGGACAUUUGCACCGACAGGGAGCAUUACCAGAUGCCAGAGGCAGCGCUCGACAUCGCAAAAAUCUCAGAGCUGCUCUUGGCAAUGGAGAGUGGAACUCUUGAAAGAUUUGAAGGAAAAUCGUUUGAGGAAAUUGAGAUUUCAGAUGAAGUGCAGCCAUACGUGGAGCCGAACAAUUGUGAUGACGCUGAUGAUCCUGAAGAGGACGAUGAAGAUGCAGGCGGUUCUCUUCAGCCGAGCAAAGGCUCCUUUUCAUCAACUAAAAAACGAGUUUCUUCGUCGAGAAAACGAGGCAGAGGCAGGAGGAAGAAGAGUGAAAGUGAGGAGUCUGAGCUGAAUAAAGAGAAAAAUUAUGAGGACAACACAGAGAACGAUAUCAAAACACCUGAGGAAACACCAUCUCGUGGUUUUAGUGAUAAUGAUGAUGAUCAGGACAUGAAUGUGGACUUUGAUAUGGACAUAGACUCUGAUGAGGAUGUCAGAAAUGUGGAAAAUGAUGGAGAUGGUGACUCAAAUGCAUCAGCGGUGAUGUCUGUUAGGACAGACGUCAAUAAAACCACGAAGCAGGAUCAUAAGAAGCACACCACUGACACUGACCGUGAAGACACCAUGGACAUUGAUGCAGAGAAGCAUGUGGAGAAAAAAGAUAAAGAGAAAGAAAAGAAGAACAGAUUAUUAGCUGCAGUGACUGGAAUGAAAGAAGUGAAGAUAGUAAUCCCAAAACUCAACAUGAAUUUGCAUACUCCAGUUCAUAUUUCCCAGUUAUCACCUGUGUGUAAUAAGUGGCCGGUGAGAGAUCAACCCAACCAAGACGGCAGCAACCAGAGCGAAACAUCUUCUAGAUCCACAGAUGCCAAAAACAAGGCCGUUCACAUGACAUGCUCCCACUGCAACAAGAGCAUGAUGAUGGGACAGACUGCGUACCAGAAGAAGGGAUUCACUGAUGUCUUCUGCUCCAAAAACUGCCUGUUUGAAAUGUUCCCCAUCAACAAACCAAACACCAAGACCUGCCAUUACUGUCACAAGGCGAUAACGCAGCCUCUGGACCUCAUCAUGGCUGUGGUGGACAUUAAAGGAACUAUGAAGGACUUCUGCAGUCUGACCUGCGUGUCCUCCUUCAAGACAAACAGUGUGCCCACCCAAACACCACAGUCACUCUGCAGCAUGUGCAACAAAUCCUGCACUACCACAUGUGAGUUGACCCUGCAAGAAGCUGUCCACAAGUUUUGCAGCGACUCAUGCUUGGAAGGAUUCUGCAGGGACAACAUGCCCACCUGUGACAACUGCAGCUCCCUCUGCCACAACCAGCCGCUCAUGCUGAAGCUCGAGGAGGAAACGAAAGCCAUCUGCAGUGAGAAAUGUCUGCAAGAAUUCAAAGAGUGGCUGGAGGCCAUCGAGAACAGUCGUUUCGACCCAAAAGUUACAACCGUACUGAUGACCAGGAUUCACGGCCUGCGUGUGUGCAGUGAUCACUUCAGGCAUCAGGACUACAUCGGCGGGCAGAGAAAUUAUUACGCAGCGUUAAAGCGGGGUGCCGUCCCGUCGUUGUUCCCAUGGACGGAGCCAGAGUCAGAAACCGUACCGACAACGUCUCUGUCCCAGCAACAGAAAAUCAAAACACCGCACCAGUGCACCAUGUGCCACACUAAUCAACCGAUGUCAGAUAUGGUUGACUACAAAAGCAGCGAGGGCGUGGUGGAGCUCUUCUGCACUCGCACCUGUGAAGACAUGAUGGUCAGCUCUGACUCAACUGUAAACGAAAAUGAAGCCUCGAAAGCUGCUGAAUCCGACGCCACUCCAACACUCAUCAUCGCAGACUCGUGCGUUGUCUGUUGCAACUGCGGGAAGAGGCUGCCGAGAGGACAGACACUUUACCAGCCGAAGAGCUCGUUAGAGGUUUUCUGCUCUGCUUCUUGUCUCUCUGAAAGACACCCACACAUCAAAAUGGUCACCAAGAACUGCUACAACUGCUGCCAGGUAAUAAUGCGGCCGCACAACGUCAUCCUGGCUCCAGUGGAUGAUUCAGGAGCUAUGAAGGAGUUGUGCAGCGAGACCUGCCUCAGCUCUGUCCAAUCCAAGAGGGACAUGGCCACCCCAAAACCCCCGCCGCUAGUAGGACCCCGCUCAGAGUGCAGGAUGUGCGCCAGAUUUUGUUAUUGCAAAUUCAAGCUGACCCUGUAUGGUGCGGUCCAUAAACUCUGCAGCGACACCUGCUUCAUUAACUACCACAAAGUCAACAACCUGCCUGUGUCUACCUGUGACGUCUGCAGCUCCAUCUGCUCCGACAGACGAUACAUGCUGAAGAUGGAGGACGGCAGCAAAACCAUCUGCAGUGAAGAGUGUCUGGUCAAGUGCAAAGAGAAAGUCAGGACACCUCAGCUGUGCCCCACGUGUCAGACUUCACAUCAGCUGUCAGACAUGGUUGAAAAUAAAAACGAAGAGGGCAGGUUGGACUUCUUCUGCAGCAACAGAUGUAUGAUUGUGUACAAGGCGCAGUCUUUCACUGUGACAGAAAAGAUCAACCCUUCAUCUGAAGAGAGUGAUAUCAAAGAUGUGAAGCCGUCCCUACCAAAUCUUGACUGUAUAAAAGAAGAGCCCAUCGAUGAAGAGUACGACCAGAUUCUUCCACCCUCCAUAUUUGCAGAGGACAUCAAGGAUGAGCCAAAUGUGGCGAAGGAGGACUUGAAGAUCGAUUCUGUCUUCUCCUUGACGACAGACUCCACCUCGGCACCACCCACUGUCACCCACAUGGAUUUACAUGCGUCUUGCUCCAACUGUAAAAAGGUCCUGAUGGAUGGAGAGACAGUUUACCAGAGGAAAGGCCACGCAGAUAUCUUCUGCUCCACUUCCUGCCUUUUAAAAUUUUACCAAAUGAAACCUGUUAAGAAAACCUGCCAGUUCUGUCUUCAGUUGAUGACACAGUCUCAGCAUGUCCUCCAGGCCCCGGUGGAUAAUGAAGGGACAAUGAAGGACUUCUGCAGCCAGACCUGCCUGUCCUCCUUCAACUACAAGAAAAUCAUGUCUACCAAAAUACCCAUCCUGCCGGUCUCGUCACAUUCACAAUGCAGCAUGUGCAGCAGAUAUUGCAUUAGCAAACACGAGAUCGUGCAGCAGGACGUCGUCCACAAGGUCUGCAGCGACCCCUGUUUUCUCCGUUUCUGCAACAUGAACAAACUGGCCAUUUGUGUAAACUGUCACUCCCGCUGCAACACACCGCUCAUGCUCAGGAUGGAAGACGGCAACAAAAACCUAUGCAGUGGAGAGUGUUUGACCCAACUCAAAAAGAAAAUCAAAACACCGCAGCUGUGUGCCAUGUGCCACUCCUCAAAUCUGAUAUCAGACAUGGUUGAGAACAGAAACAGUGAAGACGUGGUGGAGCUCUUCUGCACCAGCAGUUGUGUGAUGGCGUCAAAGAUCCAGGCUGUCAGUGCAGCAGGUACUCCACUGACCUGUGACAACUGUGGAAAGACCACAGUACCGGCCUGCCACCUCGCCAUGUCAGAUGCUUCCAUCAGAAACUUCUGCACUCUAGCCUGCGCCAUGGCUUUUAAGGAGACCCAGAAAGACACGACUGCUGCCACUAACCCGACAGGAGCCUCUGACCAAACACAAUGUGAUUACCUCAAACCACCAGACAAACUGCCGUGUGCCCAGUGUCGACGCAUUAUAAAAACUACACCCAAGGUUGUGCAAAAAAAGUGCAAAAUGAAUUUCGUGUGCAGCCUGGCCUGUUCUCAAGAGUUUAAGAGGAUCAACAGCAUCAUGGGCAAGUGUGAAUACUGUAAGUAUGAGCGGAUCAUCAGAGAUGCCAAGAGGGUCAACGACAAAGACUGCUACUUCUGCAGUGACGGCUGUAAGAUGCUCUUUCGUCAUGACCUGGAGCAGGAGUGGGGGAAACACUGUCGGUCGUGUGCGUACUGCCACUCCAUCUCCAGGACAGUGGUGACAGCGAAGUAUGAUGGCAAAGAUGAGGAGUUCUGCUCUGAAGACUGCAGUGCAAAUUACAACAUGCUCUUCUGCCGCGUCGCUAAGUGUGACACCUGCAGUCGUAAUGGGAAGCUGAGGCAGAGUCUUCCCAUGCUUGGGGAGGUCAAACACUUCUGUGACCUGAAAUGUGUCCUACACUUCUGUAAUAAAAAGCUCCAGAUGGUCAACACGGUCUCUUCACCUCCAAGAUUCUCAGGCACAGCGGAGUCCUCACCCGUCAUCGCUAACGUUAUCUCACUUGCUAGUACUCUGGCUCGGCAGACCAAUGCCUGCUCCAGCACUGCACAACCUGCCUCUGUCCCUGACAUCCAAACUAAGGUCAUUGGACAUGCCAGUAUUCAAACCAUCCCAAAGGAAGUGAAGAACAAGUCUAUGCUCUGUACACCUUUGGUCCACAACAAAGGAGUCUCCUGUACAACACAGACUGUCGACACGGAAGCACAAACAGACAACUUUGUACCUAAGGUCAUAGUGCUGCCCGUCCCAGUGCCAGUGUAUGUUCCCCUACCCAUGAACAUGUACAGCCAGUUCACACCAAAGCCUGUGGGCCUGCCAUUACCGCUGCCUGUACCCGUGUUCCUCCCUGAGCCGACAACGAAAGAGAGGAUGGAGCCAGAACCCUCAGAGGGAAAACUCAACGUCAGGUCUGAGAUGGAGACAGAGCAGGAUGAGUGGCAGGAGAGAGAGGAUGGGCAAGAGGCUGGAGAGGUGACCAGAGAAGAAGACAGACAAGAAACUGAGGCCUUAAAGGACCACACCAGCAGCUGCAGGCAGGACUUGGUUGAAGAAGACCUGGAUAGUUUCAGCAGCCAGGAGGACUCAACCAGUCCACCACUCAGUCCAGCUCCACCUCCUCCUCCUCCUCCUCCUCCUCCAGACACAAGAGAGGAUCCCCAGAGCUCACCGAGGCCUGCGCCUGCUGCUCCACUGUUACAACAAACUCUGGGCAAAGUCCACAACCAGAACAAGGGUUCAAAGUUGCUACAGUUGUCUAAGGAGACCUCUCAAAGAGACUGUUCGAAGGUCAUGUCUAGGAAGCACCACAAACUGAAGAGUCAGUGUGGGACUGACGCCUGGAAGAGAUGGAUUCAGUGGAGGGAAUCACAGACCAACCUGGACCCUGUGUCUUCACAUGUGCGGUUAAAGGAGGAUGUUCUUCACUGCUCCGCGGCUGAACUGAGCGACGGCCUCUGUCGCUUCGUCAGCGAGGUGAAACAACCUGAUGGAGAGCCGUACUCACCUGACAGCCUGUUCUACCUCUGCCUCAGCAUACAACUGUACCUGUUUGAGAACGGUCGUAUGGAGAACAUAUUCAGUGAUCUGAUCUACAACAAGUUCUGCACAGAGUUCACCAAAAUCCUCAAAACAUCAGUCACAGCCAGUGGUUACAUCCACUCCCGUGUGGAGGAGGAGUUUCUCUGGGACUGUAAACAGCUGGGGGCGUACUCCCCCAUCGUCCUCCUCAACACUCUGCUCUUCUUCUGCUGCAAGUACUUCGGCUUCACCACGGUGGAGCAGCACCGCCAGCUGUCCUUCGCCCACGUCAUGCGCUGCACCAAAACCAACCCGAAUAACACCAAGACCACCUUCCUGCGCUUCUACCCGCCCAUAUCCAUACAUGAAGCAGAGCCAGAUACAGACGGUGUCCCAGCUAAAAGACAUAAGAAAAAUCAGAAUAUAGAGAAUUUCCUGGAGAUGAUGGAGAACACAGAGAACCCUCUACGCUGCCCGGUCAGACUCUAUGAGUUCUACCUCUCCAAGUGCUCGGAGUCGGUGAGGCAGCACAGCGACUUGUUCUACCUCCACCCGGACCACCGCUGCAUUCCCAGCAGCCCUCUGUGGUUCUCCUCCAGCCCUCUGGACGACAGCACCAUGGAGGCCAUGAUCGUACGAAUCCUCACCGUCAGAGAGCUGCAGGGGGACGAUGUGAGAUAGAAGAUGGGCCGACAGAUACAGAAGACGAGGUGGAUUCAGACUGAUGAAGGCAGCUAAAUGACUUUUACAGUUUACAGUUAAAAAUGACUUUGAGUUUAAAAAUGUUUAAAUUGUGAAAAUCAUUCCAUUAAACAGAAAUAGUAAAAUCUCGUAAAGUCUCUCACACAAACACCUAAAAUUUGUUGUGUCAUCAACAGCUUUUGAUGAAAUCGUGACAACGUUUAUGUUUUGUUUUUUUCCAAACACUCUAAGUUCACAAUCACGUUUUGCGAUUUCUUCAAUUUUUUCUACCUGGACUCAUUAAAUAAGAGUUUGUUUCAAAACAUUUUUUUCAAAUUUUUCCCUGUUGGACUUGAUUUGUUAUCGUUAUCGCAGAGUUCAGCUGCAGUUACAGGGGCCAGUUUCACACGGGUACAGAUGUUCUGCAAAGAUUCUUCACAGAUGAUGUUUCUGUUCAGCUGCGCUUUGUUGGACGGGUUUUGUUGCUCAGAUUGAAUAUAUUCCACUUUAGAAUACUGCACUUUUGAUGCCUUGAGGUUGUGCUUUGGAGUCUUAUAAUCUUGAAUCCUUAUGAUCAACAUGGUGAUCCUCCAGGUUUAUUUGUGCUCUUCAGUUUAUUUGGACCAAAAUUUUUGUCUGUUAUUUCACUUCAGAUGUAGAAAUGCUGCCCCCUUGUGGUUUGUUUCUAUUGGGUUUUAAACUUUAACUGAUUUCAAAAUCUUUUUCCUUUUUGAGUAUUGAUCACUCACUUUCUGUAGGUUUG